UAUUAUAAUUACUUUUGUCUCAGUGUUCAGUUCUAAUAUUAAUUUCCCUUUGCCUGCAUUCGAACUCUCCACCAGCCUUGGAUUGUUUACCUGUGAUGGUUCCUCAGCAAACUAGUUAGUGUGUUCCUUGGGGGAAGGCUACAGGCGCCACACUCUUGGUAAACCGAAAAAAGGUCCCAGCGGAAAAGCACAUCCUCACCGACACACCCAAAUACCCCUUGUGUUACCAUCUAGUACUCUCCCCGCUUUCUCGCUGUACACAAGCGACGUUCAGGUGGGAGCCGGGGUCGGGAUGGGAAGCUUCUUCAGAAGUAUCUAUGACUGGUUGCUCAGAAUGUUCUGGGCGACCGAAAUGGAUGUUACGAUGGUUGGUCUUCAGAACGCAGGAAAAUCGUCGCUGUUGCGAGUUUUAGCGGGUGGUGAAUUCACAAUCGACUCGAUACCAACCAUCGGGUUUAACACCAAGCGUGUGCAAAAAGGCCAUGUAACGCUGAAGUGUUGGGACCUUGGUGGUCAACCAAGGUUUCGACCGAUGUGGGAGAGGUACUGCCGUGGAGUGCAUGCCAUCGUGUAUAUCGUCGACGCGGCCGAUAGGGAUGCUUUGCCCAUGGCGACAGAUGAACUCCAUGAGCUUGUCAGCAAGCCGUCUCUCGAUGGAAUCCCUCUUCUCGUUUUAGGCAACAAAUCAGAUCUGCCUGACAAGUUGUCAGUGGAUGAAUUGAUCGAAGAGAUGGACCUGAAGUCAAUUACUCGGCGGGAAGUCAGUUGCUACGGCAUCAGCGCCAAAGAAGAAACAAACCUGGAUGCAGUGCUGCAUUGGUUGAUUGCGCGUUCGAGCAAGUAAUAGCCUGCUUGUUUCAAUGAUCUAGUUUCAUCUUAUCAGGUGUAUUGUGACCGGGUUGGGAUCGGCUUCUUUUUAUCUUUGUGCAUUCGGGUUUGGGACUUUUGCGCUCUGGCUUAAUCACCGCUUUCUUCGUUCCCUAUUUCUUUUUUUUUUUUUUUCCCUAAUCUCUUUUCU